UUUUCGUUUUUGGAGAGACAAGACGGUACUUUGUUUUGUUGCUUCUCAUUCUCUCUGCAGUCUCGCUCCUCGUCGCUUGCGGUGGGCCGAUUCGAUUCGGUUGGAUUCGAUUGGAUCCCAAUUCCCAACCCAAAUCAGUGUUUGAAUGUCAGGGAUCGUGAAAUCACCCACGGCUUUCGUACAGUAACGCCGUAUAUUAGACAAAGUUCACCAACCAAGCAGUUGCAGUUCCUCCGAGCAUACCUGGUCAAACAAGACCUGCGAACACAAACUCUGGGGUUUCCGAUGGCAGCAAACAUGAGAAAUCGGAGAGCAAGAACUACGGUGGACCGACUCCCUGCGGUUGACAACCUCGACCUCCAAAUAGAAGACAUAGCUGCUAGAUUUAAGGAAUUCUCAGAAUCAGUCAAGGCGGCGCUCUCAAUUGAACAAGUAGGUGUAUUCUUGGAAGCUAAUGGCCAAGCUUUGUCUGGCUCUGAUGAUGCUCUUCUCCGAAGAUGCCAAGACUUGCUGUUUUAUGGGCCAUUGGAGAAAUGCCCAGUUUGCCACGGCAAUAAUUUGGAGUUCACUGGAUCUUAUUGUGCGUGUGCCACUUGCAUUUAUCGCUCUAAGUAUCCACCAAGGAAACGAGGGCCCAUCAAGUACCCUAUUAGCAUCGUCAAGCAAAUCAACCCUCGUUUCAACCCGGAUUGGGACCCUCCUUAUGUGGAAGGUCAAGGGUUCUUCGCCCGUUUUUGGUCAGAUGUUUUACGACCACACAAUCCAAGGGAGGCGGCCAGAGUGGAAAUAACACUAAAUAUAUUUCAGGAUGGCAUGAGGGAGAUCAAUGGCAGGAGGAUGAACAAUAUAACUUUUUGGAUCUAUGUAUACGUAGGGGUUUUUGUGUUGACCUGUUUCUUUAUCUUUGUGGUCAAACUUUGGUCCAACCUGUCCAUAGAAUGAAGAUCCCAAAACUCUUAUGGAUCUCGUAUUUAGACGCUCUUUUGUUGUUGGAAGGCCAAAUUAUGAAGCACGUUAUUAAGUGAUUCGGUGGAUUGUCUAGUAAAUUAUAUCAGUCUUGCAUACCUGCUUCCUUCCUAAAAGGCCUUGUCUUUUGGUAGUAGUUGUUCGCAUUUUGUGUGCGUUUAUACCAACUCAUAUAGUUGACAUGUAGUUUCAUUACAAAAUGUAACUACCUUGAGACAUUGCUUGUUUAAUUUAUGAUGUGGAAAAAAAAAUGCUGUUUUAAGGUUCUAUUAGAUGUCGUCGAUUUGUGUUUUAUAAUUACGUACAAGUUUGUUCACUUGCUACAUAAUACAUGUGGAAUUAGAUGAUGCCUUCCCUUCCUAAAAAACAGAAUAAUUCGGGACAUCUGCUACUCAUGGUUACGCUUUGAGAGGGAGUUUGGUAUAUGUGAAGGUCACUCCUCGCCUGGAUGAGCUUCUAUUAUUUAGGUCACAGCUAGAGUCCAAAUUGACAGAAGAGGGGGAGAAUUCUUCCAAGAAGAAUGUUCGUGACAAGAGAAAGCAAGUUUCAGAGAUACCUGAUGAACAUUAUCCAGCAAAGAGGCAGAAAGAUGCAGCUCAAAAGCCAAAUAAAGCACAUGGGAAGGAUUCUGAUGUUCUGAACCCAGGUGAACAAACAGUGGAAAAGAUCAAACCGAAGGAUCACAAACCAGAUAUACAAAAUGAGCAACGGAUGAAGGAGAGCGUGUUCCAGAGGAAACAAAAGUAUAUGCUGACCAGUGCACUGCAUUUGUAUCAAAUAUUAACCUUAAGGCAAGUAUACGCCCCAAGUAUCCCUUCUCAUUCUCUUAUUUUUAAUGCACAUGCGUGAUCUUAGAAAACUGUUGGUAUUUUGCGGGCAAAUGAUGAACAUCUGCGUCAAUUCUUCAGUGAUGUUGGGGGAGUGGUUGCUAUUAGAUUACUGCAUGACAAGUUCAAUGGAUAGUCAAAGCUCUCUCUCUCUCUCU